GAGGGUCUCUGCCCGCCGCGGGCAGGCCCCCGCGCGAGGUGACGAGGCCCCGUGUUGCAGGGCGCGGUGGAGCCCAUGCAGAUCGACGUGGACCCCCAGGAGGACCCGCAGAACGCACCCGAUGUCAACUACGUGGUGGAAAACCCCACCCUGGACCUGGAGCAGUAUGCGGCCAGCUACAGCGGCCUGAUGCGCAUCGAGCGGCUGCAGUUCAUUGCUGACCACUGUCCCCCGCUGCGGGUGGAGGCCCUGAAGAUGGCCUUGUCCUUCGUGCAGAGGACCUUCAAUGUGGACGUGUACGAGGAGAUCCACCGGAAGCUCUCGGAGGCCACCAGGGACCUGCAGAGUGCCCCGGAUGCCAUCCCCGAGAGUGGGGUGGAGCCCCCACCCCUGGACACGGCCUGGGUGGAGGCCACUCGGAAGAAGGCCCUGCUGAAGUUGGAGAAGCUGGACACGGACCUGAAGAACUACAAGGGCAACUCCAUCAAGGAGAGCAUCAGGCGUGGCCAUGACGACCUGGGUGACCACUACCUCGACUGUGGGGACCUCAGCAAUGCCCUCAAGUGUUACUCCCGCGCCCGGGACUACUGCACCAGCGCCAAGCACGUCAUCAAUAUGUGCCUCAAUGUCAUUAAGGUUAGCGUCUACUUGCAGAAUUGGUCUCAUGUGCUGAGUUACGUCAGCAAGGCUGAGUCCACCCCGGAGAUUGCUGAGCAGCGUGGGGAGCGGGACAACCAGACCCAGGGCAUUCUCACCAAGCUCAAGUGUGCUGCAGGGCUGGCGGAGCUGGCUGCACGAAAAUACAAACAGGCAGCCAAGUGCUUCCUGCUGGCCUCCUUCGACCACUGUGACUUCCCAGAGCUGCUGUCCCCCAGCAACGUGGCCGUGUACGGCGGCCUGUGCGCCUUGGCCACCUUUGACCGCCAGGAGCUGCAGCGCAAUGUCAUCUCCAGCAGCUCCUUCAAGCUGUUCUUGGAGCUGGAGCCCCAGGUCCGAGACAUCAUCUUCAAGUUCUACGAGUCCAAGUACGCCUCCUGCCUGAAGAUGCUGGAUGAGAUGAAGGACAAUCUGCUCUUGGAUAUGUACCUGGCCCCCCACGUCAGGACUCUGUACACCCAGAUUCGCAACCGUGCCCUCAUCCAGUAUUUCAGCCCCUAUGUGUCGGCCGACAUGCGCAGGAUGGCCACGGCCUUCAACACCACGGUGGCCGCGCUGGAGGACGAGCUGACGCAGCUCAUCCUGGAGGGGCUCAUCAAUGCCCGCAUUGACUCCCACAGCAAGAUCCUGUAUGCCCGGGACGUGGACCAGCGGAGCACCACCUUCGAGAAGUCCCUGCUCAUGGGCAAGGAGUUCCAGCGACGUGCCAAAGCCAUGAUCCUGCGGGCGGCUGUGCUGCGCAACCAGAUCCACGUUAAGUCCCCUCCCAGAGAAGGGAGCCAGGGGGAGCUGACGCCAGCCAACAGCCAGUCACGGAUGAGCACCAACAUGUGAGGCUGCCCGUCUGUACGCCUCCAGGAAGAGCCACACGCCCCACCCCCACCCCUCAGACUUGGACACCUGGGCCCACCUGCUCCCAGCACUUCCGGAGGUGCCCCCUAUGGCCCGCUUGCAAAAGACCUGCCUGUGGGUUCCAGCCCUUGGCCCCCUGCCUGGGCUUCCGUGUGCCCCUUGUCUCUGCCCUCCCCCAUCUGUGCCCCAGGGAGGAGGUGGGCUGCCUGGAAGGAGAGGCCUGCAGGGCCUACCUGUGGCACUACCUUCCAGCUUCCCUGCUCCCACAUUGUCUGGGAUUGCAGACAGUUGUGAAUCUUAGUGCAUUAAAAGGCAGCCUGAGAACACA